AUGCAUGUAUUGGACGUGUAUAGAAAAAGAGUGAUACAAGAAGAACCAAGCCACCCAACACCCCAACCCAAACAAACAAACAGAGAUUGGUCAUGUUUCGAGGCACAAGACGAAGAGUAUUUCAUUCGAUCUGCAAUAGCACUCCAAGAAGUUGGAAUCAGCUUCAAGAAAAGCAAAACAAAGAGUCUCAAAGAUUUUUCCUUCGAUCGAGGUGUUCUUAGGUUACCGACUUUAUUAUUAGACAACAACAUAGAAUACAUAUUCCUUAACCUCAUUGCCUUCGAGCGUCUCCACAUUGGAAUUGGCAACGAGAUCACAUCGUUUAUAUUUUUAAUAGGCACCAUCAUCGACGGUGCUAUGGAUGUUUCAAUUCUGAGCCAAAAUGGGAUCCUAAUCAAUAUUCUUGGGAACGACCAAGUUGUUGCCAACUUGUUCAACUCGAUGUCCAAAGACAUAUGUGUGGAAAUCACCAAGGAACUUGACGAGAUGAUGGAGAGUAUGAGUCACUACUAUAAGAAACCUUGGAAAAGAUGGCGUGCUAGUCUCAUUCGUACUUAUUUUAGGAGCCCUUGGGCUAUGGUGUCUCUUGUUGUUGCUACCUUCAUUUUUAGUUUUACUAUCAUUCAGACUAUAUACACGGUUCGUCAAUUUUAUCAAAAGGAGUGCUAA